AUGAAGGCCACGCUCGCAGCUCUUGCCAUCUUCCUGGGUACCACCCUCGCGGCGCCCACCGCGACUGCUUUCCCCACACCGGCUUCCUCAACCGGCCUCCCCUCAGCAAAGAUCAUUCCUGCCGGCACUACCUUCGAUGGCAAGAUGGUUCGCUAUAGUCGCUCCCCUGAUACCUGCCAGGACCAGACCGAAACAGACGAAGCCGCUGCCAUGUUCAUUGCUGAAGAUGGCGCAACAAUCAAGAACGUAAUCCUCUCCAAGGCACAGGCUGAGGGUAUUCAUUGCCGUGGGGCAUGCACGCUCGAGAACGUAUGGUGGGAGGAUGUCUGCGAGGACGCAGCUACAUUCAAGCAGCCCGCAGGCAAGACUAGCUAUGUCAUCGGCGGUGGAGCAAAGGGCGCCGCCGACAAGAUCUUCCAGUUCAACGGCCGCGGCACAGUCAGCAUCAAGAACUUCUACGCUGAGGACUACGGCAAGGUCAUCCGCAGCUGCGGCGACUGCACCGCCAACGGCGGACCUCGCAACAUCAUCAUCGAGGGUGUGACUGCGCGGGAUGGCGGCGUGCUCUGCGGCAUCAACACCAACUACGGCGACACAUGCAAGAUCAUCAACUCAUGCCAAAGCAACAACAAGAGCUGUGAUCGUUACAAGGGUGUGAUCAAGGGCAACGGUAGCAGCAGCAAGAUCGGUUCCGGACCCGAUGGCACUUACUGCACGACCACUGGCUUCACCAAGGCCUGCUAG